CUCCCCCAUGGUUCAACCCAGCACAGGCAUGACCGAACUCCGUACUCUCGUGGAUAUCCUUCAGUCCACUGUCGACAAGCUCGACGAGACGAUGGCCAGCCGUGGCCAGGCUUACCCGUCUCUAGAUGAUCCGUACAGCGUCGAAAGCGAGGCCCCGCGCAGCUCGCCUGACGUCUUGGCCCUGUGUGAUAUUCUCGUCUCUGCAGCUGGUCAACUUAUUGCAGCGGCCCGUCCGACACCGACAUCGUCCCUCCUUACCGCACUACAGUUCCAAACGUCUGCUUGCUUACGCGCUGUAAUCCGUGCACAUGUUCCAGAGAUCCUUAAAGAGGCUGGGCCCAAGGGACUGCAUAUCUCACAGAUUGCAAAGCCGACCAACGUAGAACCCAAUAAGCUUGCCCGGGUUCUGCGAUUAUUGGCAACCAACCACAUUUUCAAGGAGGUCGCUCCAGAUGUCUUCGCACACACCAGGAUCUCGUCCAUCUUAGACACUGGAAAGUCACUCUCAGAAAUCUUGGAGGACCCGGAAGCGAAACACGACGGUACUUCGGGAAUGCCGGCUCUGUUCGAACAGCUGUCGGACUACUCGAUGAAGGCUGCAGCCUACAUGCCUGAGACCCUUCUCGACCCGGCGUCAGCGAUUACAGGGAAAACUGCGUUCAACCGCGCCUACAAGACUGAGCUAUCAUCAUUCGAGUGGCUCAAGCAGCCAGAGAACGCGUACAUCCACCGCCGUUUCAACAUGGCCAUGGAGGGCACUGCUAAGAUGAGCGUACCUUGGGAGGUUUUUGAAGGAUUCGACUGGCAGACGUUGCCAGAGAAGUCGCUGGUCGUCGACGUCGGUGGCGGAGUUGGCUCGCAGACUCUUACACUUGCCAAGAAGUUUUCGCACCUGAAUUUCGUCACCCAGGAUACCGAGGCCACACAGCCUAAUGCCGAGAAGUACUGGGCGGCGCGUUUCCCUGAGGCUAUCUCUUCGGGACGUGUGCAAUACCAAGUCCACAACUUCUUCGAACCGCAGCCUAUCAGCUCUCCGGCAAUGUACUUCCUGAAGAAUGUCCUCCAUGACUGGUCUGACAAUCAUUGCAUCUCCAUUCUCCGUCACCUCCGUGACUCGGCCGGUCCCAACACCAAGCUUGUUAUCCAGGAGAACGUCAUGGAGUACGUCUGCGAGGACUCACCGUUGACGAACCCCGGCAUCAGCGUCUCGUCGGCGACUAAAGCUCACCCGUCUCCGCUCCUGCCCAACGCUGGCCAAGCGUCUAUGUUCACAUAUUACAUUGACUUUGUGAUGAUGAACACUCACGGCGGGGUCGAACGCACCUUGCCACACUUCUGCGAGCUGCUGGCAGACAGCGGCUGGAAGGCGAUCAGCCUGUACAAGGGCCCACCGGGCGGACGGGGGAAGAUCAUUGCCAUUCCGCAACGGGUCGGCGUUCAGGUCUCUGGCAUGCUGUAGGGAUGGUAUGUUCACUUCUGCGUGGUAGUCCCCAUCCACGUACGAAGAACCGCCUUGUACGCGCUACACGCUUCCGAUUCUUCAUUUCGCAAAACCCUACCCACUGAGCAUCUCCCGUUUUACACUCAGACACGCGCCUUACCUUCCCACACCCUUGCGAGUUGAUUUAGGUUUUGGCUCCACCCUAAGUACCGAUCCCCUCCGGGGAGAAAUGAUAUGAAAGUGAAUUAUUA